CGGCGGGGCCAUGCAGCCCCCGGCGGCCUCCCCCGGCCCCGCCGCCCCGGCGGGAGCCGAGCUGCUGCGGUGGCAGUGGCGGGAGGUGCAGGCGCCCUGCCUGGUGGCCGCCUGGAUCCUGGUAGCCAGCCUGGCCAAGAUCGGUGAGUGUCCCCGUGUCCCCACCCGCUCCGGUGCCCCGGGAGAGGCCGUGCCCACCCCCGGGCAGGCAGGGGGGAUGCGGCAUCCCCGGCGGGCGCGGGGGCACCCGGGACGAGGGGUGUCACCGCACGCCGGGACACGGGUCAUGGGGACAAAUCCGGCUGGUCACCACCCUCAGCUGGGUUGUGGAGAUCGGGGAACACCCCACAUCCUCCGUGCCCUGCCGUGGGAUGGUGUGCGGCGACGGGCUGAAGGUAUCACCCGAAGGAAAAGGUGGGGGUCCGGGCUGGCUUUUCCUGCAAGGGAUGGAUGGAUGGAUAGAUGGGUGGGCACAGAGGAUGGAUAGUUCAUGAGAACAGAAGCCCCAAGGGAUGUCCCGUGUUCCCAAAGGCUGGCACAGCACCUGCCGUUGGCAGGUCUGGAAGCCAUUGAUCCCGCACAGCCCGGGAAAGGCUCGGUGGUGCCGGUGCCAGGCUGGAUGUGCCCCCAGCAGGUGCCUGCUGUCUCCUCCGGUGGGUCACUCCAGAUUGGGUUGGCCUUGGACUCUUGUGCUCCCCAGCACAGGACCACGCAGCCGGGGGAGGCUCUGCUGUGAGAGGCUGCGUGGGAAGGCACAAUGAGGAUGUGUGUGAGCUGCGCAGGGCUGGGCCCCCCACCAGCAUCCGGGGUGCUGGGGAGGGGACACCCGUGUGUGGGUGCUGAGCAGGGGUACCCACAGGGCUGGCCCCUACAGUGCCCCUGCCUGCUGUGCUGGGGAUGAGAUUGUGACCUUGAGCCAGAUUUUCUCCUCAGGGACCCCACUGUGGGCACAGCCCCCAUGGUGGGGGCACAGACAACCUCUUAGUUUCAAGUUGGACCAAGAAAUGUGGGUUCAGAGUUAGGCAGGGGAACCUCUGAUCAGCCAGGGAUGUGCAGCAGCACUCAUUACACAGGGGACAGCUACAGCUCUGACCACCAGCUGGCCUCUUCCUGUCCCAAGCAUCAUUGUGGAUCUUCCGUUCCUCUCCUUCCUUGCCUUCUCGCAAGAGAGACCUAAAACCUCGCGAGGAGUGAAUUAAAAGUUUUCCACCUGUCAAGGAAGGUGACAUCUGUCGUCCCGGAGAGCUGCCUUCUCAUCCUGCUGGGGCUGGGCCUGGGAGGGAUCGUGCUGGCUGUGGCAAAGAAAGCCGAGUACCAGCUGGAGCCAAACAUGUUCUUCCUCUUCCUUCUGCCCCCCAUUGUCCUGGACUCUGGGUACUUCAUGCCCAGCCGGCUGUUCUUUGACAACAUCGGUGCCAUCCUCACCUACGCAGUGGUGGGCACGCUCUGGAACUCCUUCGCCACUGGCACCGCGCUCUGGGGACUGCACCGGGCCGGGCUCAUGGAUCCAGGUGUUGAAGCUGGGCUGAUGGAUUUCCUGCUCUUUGGCAGCCUGAUUUCAGCUGUGGACCCUGUGGCAGUCCUGGCUGUCUUCGAAGAGGUCCAUGUUAAUGAGACCCUCUUCAUCAUUGUGUUUGGCGAGUCUCUCCUGAAUGAUGCUGUCACUGUGGUGCUGUACAAGGUCUUCAACUCUUUUGUGGAGCUGGGCCCAGCGCACAUCCACGCCACAGACUACGUGAAGGGGGUAGCCUCCUUCUUCCUGGUGAGCCUGGGGGGCACAGCCGUGGGGUUGCUCUUCGCCUUCCUGCUGGCCCUGAUCACGCGGUUCACCAAGCGCGUGCGCAUCAUCGAGCCGCUCUUCGUCUUCCUCCUGGCCUACGUCGCGUACCUUGCCGCCGAGAUGGUCUCGCUCUCUGCCAUCCUGGCAGUCACCUUCUGUGGGAUCUGCUGCAAGAAGUACGUGGAAGCCAACAUCUCCCAGAAAUCCCGUACCACAGUCAAGUAUACCAUGAAGACACUGGCCAGCAGCUCAGAGACCAUCAUCUUCAUGUUUCUGGGCAUCUCGGCUGUGGACACCUCCAAGUGGACAUGGGACACAGCACUGGUGCUGGGCACCCUGUUCUUUAUCCUGCUCUUCAGAGCCGUGGGUGUUGUUCUCCAGACAUAUGUGCUCAACCGCUUCCGCCUCAUCCCCCUGGACAGGAUCGACCAGGUGGUCAUGUCAUAUGGUGGCCUCCGUGGGGCCGUGGCCUUCGCCCUGGUCAUCCUGCUGGACGGGGAAAAGGUGAAAGCCAAGGACUACUUCGUGGCAACGACCAUCGUGGUGGUGUUCUUCACUGUCAUUGUACAGGGCCUCACCAUCAAACCCCUGGUGACGUGGCUGAAGGUGAAGCGCAGUGACCACCACAAACCCACACUGAACGAGGAGCUGCAUGAGCACGCCUUUGACCACAUCCUGGCAGCGGUGGAGGACAUCGUGGGGCACCACGGCUACCACUACUGGCGGGACAAGUGGGAGCAGUUUGACAAGAAAUACCUGAGCCAGCUCCUGAUGCGGAAAUCUGCCUACAGGCUGCGGGAUGAGAUCUGGGAUGUUUACUACAAGCUGAACAUCCGUGAUGCUAUCAGCUUUGUCGAUCAGGGUGGCCACGUGCUCUCAGCUGCCAAGCUGGCGCUGCCCUCCAUGCCCAGCCGCACAUCCAUGUCAGAGUCAUCAGUCACAAACCUCCUGAGGGAGAGCGGGAGCGGCGCGUGCCUGGACCUGCAGGUGAUCGACACGGUGCGGAGCCGCCGGGACAAGGAGGAUGCUGCCAUGCACCACGUGCUGCGGGGGAGCCUCUACAAGCCCCGCCGGCGGUACAAGGCCAGCUACAGCCGUCACUUCAUCUCUCCAGAUAAACAAGAGCGCCAAGAUAAAGAAAUCUUCCGGCAGAACAUGAAGAGACGUCUGGAGACCUUCAAGUCCACAAAGCACAAUGUCUGCUCCUCCAAGAGCAAGGCCAGGCUGAAGGAAAAAGGCAGGAAAAAGAAGAACAUAUCUCUGACCAAAGAGGCACCCAACGGGAAGACGCACAGAAAUGUCCCCUGGCAGGAUGCAGCUCCUGUCCUGGUGAUGGUCAGCUCAGAGGAGGAGGAGAGUGAUAGCUCAGAGACGGAGAAAGAGGACGAUGAGGGGAUUGUGUUUGUUGCUCGAGCCACUGAUGAGGUCCUGCAGGGAAAGACAACUCCUGGCAGCCUGGAUGUCUGCCCCAGCCCUUGCAUCAUCCCUCCAUCGCCCACCUUGGCAGAGAAGGAGCUGCCAUGGAAAGGAGACCAGGCUGAUCUGGCUGUUUAUGUCUCCUCGGAGACCACCAAAAUUGUGCCAGUGGAUAUGCAGAAGGCAUGGAACCAAAGCAUCUCCUCCCUGGAGAGCAUCGCUUCCCCCCCAGGCAUCGAGAGCGGGCCUCAGCACAGGAGAUUUGCCUGCCCUGUGCUGGAGGAGCAACCCCAGUCUGCAAGCCAGGCGAUGCCAGAGCAGAGCUCCUGCUUCCAGUUCCCCAGCCAUGUCUCCAAGAGCGGCCGGUCACAGAGUGACAGCAGCCCAGACGGUCCUGAGCAGCAGGAGCUGCAGCCUUUGAUGGCCACAGAGGAGCAGGGCAGGAUGCCACCCACUGCAGAGCCCAGGUGGCUGAUGUUCAACAGAGCAAGCCACCUCUGAGGCACCCUGUGGAUUGGGAAGGGGCUGAGAGCUGCAGACAGGCUGUGACCUGCUGACUGCUCUGUCUUGCACUGCAAAGCUUGUGUGUGUCUCCAUAAACUCCAGGAGUGGCAGGGGAACCCAGUACUCCUCCUGGAGCUGUACUCCAGGGUGUGCUUUGCCCAUGCACCUACUGAUGCAAACCUGGUCAAUAACUGGUCUUUGUGCUGCAACAGCAGGUACCAGCCCCUGUCCGCCCAGGGAGGCAAAGAUCCCAAACCUCAUUCUUUCUCUCUGGUCCCUACACAUCUCUGCAGCUGGGACUUUAGAGAUAUUUCUCCCAGGGCUGGGAUCCCAAACAGACUUGAUCCUGUCAUGGCUGUGCUGCCCUGAGGUGGUGGCUGCUCACAGGUGUAAGAGUGUGAGCUGAUCUCCAGCCUGGCUGUGAGUAGGAGACCUCUUGGAAAAGGGCUGAGAGCAGGGGUGGUUCACAAGAGUCCAUCCACACCCAGUGACUGAGCUGUUGACUUCAAGGUGGCUGCAGUGCUCACAGCAUGCUUGGAGCUCAGCCAGGAGCUCAGAGAUAGGCUCCUUGCCACGACAGCCCUGUGUUCCCUGGGUUAUGGAGGCACCACAGAGGCAAGGCCAUGACUUUCUCAGGACUGGGAGCAGCGCUCCUUGGGUUUGGCUCCACCAGGAGCUGGACUAGUGAACCUGUACGCACAGGGACUCCUCUAACAGCCAACCUGCUGUGCCAGUCUCACACCUGUCACCUGGAUGUGUUCCCAACAGCUGCAGUGUUCAGCUUUCUGGAUUUACUGGGAGGCAGCUGCCCUGCACAGCAUCCUUGGUCCCUUCUGCUCACGUCCCAGGCCCUCCAAUUGCCUGGGGUGCAUCAGCUGGGAGUACUGGUCAUGGUGCAAGGAGAGGAGCAGGUAUCAGGUACAUCAGGAGCGGGGGUGAUGGGUGUGAGCAGUGUGCAUCUUCAAAGGUCUGUCCCCAACGCCUGCAUCCCAGCCACCCCUGUGCCCUCCUCAGAGGGUGGUGAGAGCUGGUGGCCCACACGAUGAAUUGCUUCUGGUGUGACCCCAAGGGCCAAGAAUUUCUCCCCAAGAAGUGUUUAGCCACAAAAGAGCACAAUGGCUGGGCACUGGCAGAGCAGGAGGGUUGUGGAUUGCUCAUCUUUGGAAAAAAUUGGAACUCGGACUGUUAAUGCUCCAAGCAGAUAAAAGCCUGCCUUUUCCAGCUCUAUGGGUUUGCUGAGACAGCAGGUGCCAAGGCAACACUUGGAUGCACUGAAUGUGCCCAAUGUGGAGCAGGUGAGCUGGUGGGACCCCCAACCCUGCCAGCAGGGCUCAGGAGAGACCCUUCAGCUCUGUACCUGUUCCACCAGAUGAGCAUGAGGUUUUUAAAAGGUUUUUAUAUAGUUUUGCAUUUCUGGUAUGACUUACUCUAGUUUUGAUUUCUGAUAUUGGGCCAUACUAAAUCUCUAGUUGGGUCAGUGUUUUCUGUAGCCAUGGGCACUACAAAUGACUCAAGACUUAAUAUAUUAUUUGCAAGGAUAUUGUUAUAAUGUGAAAAUAUAUGCACAGUAUUUUGUAAUGUUCAAUAAACUGGAGUUGGAGCAGA